CCGUUUGGCGGUUUGACAGCUCGGGAAUUCCCCUACGAAUGCUGCGUCUGAUCAUCGAUGGUCAGUUUGAGUGUUCUGUUGGAAUCCUGACCAUUUUAUUUAUAAACUCCUGGAGCCAGAGACAGCAACAAAAGACUAGAUUAUUAUUUUACAGUCUUCCUUUUCAAAGUGUAUUGAAGUUUGCAAAAAGAAUACACGAAAUGGAUGAUAUUGCAUACUAUGAUUCCCAAGUGCAAUAUCAGAAAAGAGUCGGAGAAAUAGAAAAGGAGCGACUACAGCUUGAAAGGGAGAUGUUUUCGAUGAUGAGAUCAGAUAAAAAGUUACAGAAUAUAAGAGCAGUAAAGCUAAGAAGCUACUGGAAACAGAUAUGUGAGAGAGAAGAAAAAGCAAGGGAGAGGAAUAAAGAACUUCUGCAUGACUUUGAAGAAAUGGAACUGAAACUUUCUGUUAUGGAAACAAAGACGAGCAAGCUUCAGAAAAUGAAGGUGGAAUAUGACGAGAAAGUGAAACAAAUGUAUCCACAAUGGAGAAAAGAAGUUGAAGUUGCUCGAGCCAAAAAACAACUCCAAGAGCGCGGUAUCCACGUAUCACAGACAAGAGAACAUACUUUGCCUUCGUAUGAUGUUGACCAUGCAUAUUCUCACACAGAAAGUCUAUCGCCAACUCGAGAAAUUCAUUCUUCAUUAUCACUAAACACACCAGGAAACGCUGCUAGUUUAAGUAUGAAGAAAGCAUCUUUCGAAUCUGUAUCACCUGAGGAUAAUGUCAAAACACCGGAACAAAGCAAUAGUACCAUCAAGAUUGCUGCAUCACAUCCUACACAAGUACCAGUCACAUCCACACCUAAGUCAUCUCAAUCUGCUAUAAUCUUCAGUGAACAAGCCUCGGUCCAUGCUCCUCCUGAAUCAUUUGCUGAUACGAAACCCAAACAAGUUGAUUAUGUGAAUGUCACAUCACCAAUGAGGAUGCAAAGCAAAACGAGUGAUGUUGUUCACACCAUUCCAACUGCAGCUUCUUCUGAUGAAGGAAACAGUGACAUAUCGGAACCAUCAAUGCUAUCUGAUCAGACUCCCAAUGUAAAAAAUGCCUCCAAUUCAAAACUGGAAAGUUCUCUGGAAUCUCUAGGCAAUAUCAGACCUACAUCACUACCAAAGCCUACAUUGCCAUCCCCAACACAUCUUUUUGCAGCUACUGCAAUAAAAGACAAAGACAAUCAAUCUGAUCAGAAUUCGUUUGAAAUUGAAUCAAGAUCUCGACAUAAUUCUUCAAUCAAUUCCCCAAUCAAAUAUCAACCUUCACCUGUUUCUGCUGUUGCAGUACAUGCAAGUAAUAACCACAAAUCACCUGAUGUCAAACCUGGAAGCAGAAUGAGCAUGAGUUCGUUUGAAUCAGAUGAUUUAUCACCGAGGUCAAAUUUAUCUCCAAGGUCUGAUACAACAUCGCCAAGAUCAAAACCACCACUGACAGCAAAUGCGGCUUAUCAAGCACUUCUCAAACAGCAUAGUGGUCCGAAGAAUCCUGAUUCUAUCAACAUCCCAAGCAUUGAUGAAGAGAGUGAUGAAGAUGACUUGGAAAAUAUUUUGUCACCGCAUGGAACUGGGAAACGAUCACAAUUUGCACCUUCGGAAAAUUCUGAUUCAGAUGAAGAUGAUUCAUUCAGUUCUCGGAAGGACAAUGCACCAGUUUAUAUUCCAACUGCAAUGUCAUCUGAAUCAAAAGCGAAAGGACAAAAUCAACUGACUAGGCCAAGAGCAGUUCCUAAAGCUCCAUGGGAUACAGAUACUGAGGAUGAAUUUGAAAAUGAGGAAACUUAUCUUUCCAACACAGGAGGAAGUUCUAAAUGGGAUCAGAAGUUACAGAAAUACGAUGCCCAGGAUGAUUUUGACUUUUAUGAUUGAUAAAUGCUCGAGGAUAUUGCUGUAACAGCUUACAAAAGAAUUUACAACAGCUGUACAGAAAUGGAAUGACUAACUCCACUUGAAUGAAUGACAUGCUCAAAUUUACUUAUCAUCAUAGGAAGAUACAUAAAUCUUUAUAUUUUUAUACUGUCCAUUACAGAAUUUUAUGAAA